GUGAUUGGUCGGCCGGCUUGCCAGUCGCCGUCCACCCAGGUUAGGUUGCUCCGUACCGUUGUGAUGCUGCUCAAUUGAUGGGCGUACAGAAGGAGGAUACCCUUACGUGUUCCCAUUGUACAGCGCCAGGAAAACCACGUUCGUUUCUGCUUGAGUCUGCUUUUUCUGCGGCAAAAACCUCCCGGACAUCGGCUGUUUUUUUUUCUUUCUUCUUUUCUUUCUCCCCUGCUCCGUUCCCCCCUCUCUCUCUCCUCUUGACGAGCAGCUCCGGAGAUGCUGUUGCGGUCGUCUUAAAGGGGGUGAAAGAGAAAGCGCAUGACAGGAUCAGCAAAGGCAUCGCGGCUAGCGCCACAUCGCCGUGCAUCACUUUAAUUCAGGUGAGCUUGUUUGAUUGGAGGGCUCCAUGGCGCACUCGGACACUUUGGGGAAAUUGCACCUGCCAUGAGAGCGGACGGCGGUGGUGGCGGUGGCGGUGGUGGUGAGGGGGGGAGGAAAAUAAACCAAACACAUGGACGGACCUCGCGUCGGACUGUCAGAUCAGAGUGAGCUGGCCCCUCGCUGCGCCGCCGUGGAGCCUUAACUGUUUUCUCUGUGGUGUUUUUUUUUUACUCGCCAACCCACCCGAGUGCGAGGAUGACAGCUGAUCGCCCCUCCUCUCCCCGGACCGGGAUAAAAAGGCGCUCCAACUGAGCGAGCCGCCUUCUUUCCUCCCAGCUGCGUGUGACAAUAGAUGGAGCGCACGGGGCUGUGACAUUUGUCUUCCUCCUAAUCAGGGUUUCUUUUUUUUAUUUUUCCUCUCCACUCUUCACACUCUGUCAAAAGAUUUUCACACUAAACGUAGUUGGGCCGCUUCACUGAUUCAUUUUCUCAUCAUUUACAAAGAUCAGACCCUCCAUUAAAGGGGCUCGCCUCUCCACAUGGACGGAAACUUAAAUUUCUCUCCCCCCUGCUUUGCUCCUCUUUGACGCCUUUCGCUAAACCCACGACCGGCGGGGAUGAUCCUUGAGUGGCCGAUGAAAUAAUCGGCGUCGCGGUGUCAGCAAAGGGCUUGAGCCGCGGGGGGAUUUGGGUAGAUUAUCGCUAGAGUGCUAUUUUGCUCAGCCGGUCACACUCUCCACUGAAUUUUAGCGGCUUUGGGAGCUGCAGCCUUUUCACUGCUUUCGCCCAAGUGCGUGUAAACUCCAAAAGCUACAGAGGUACAAGAGAGAGGGAGGGGAAAAAAAUAAAGAAAAAAACACGAGUGGAUCUGCAAGCAAUGCCUUGCAAAGAGGUAUUUGGAUCCAGAUCUGAGAAGCCGAUCCGCCUGUCGUCACGCCGCGGAUGUUGGGGACGCGCCUCCGGGUUGUAGUCAGCGCUCCGCGCCCCGGGAUGCCGUCGCUGUGACUUCGGGAGAGGGUGGUGCGCCGAGCAGAAGAGCCCCGCCAAGAGACGAGCAGCGCCUUUCCCAGGAGCGCCUUCUGCCCAGGAGGAGCCGUUUUGUCUGCCCGUCCACCGGAGGAUGUUUCAGCCAGGAUGCUGCGCUUCCCCGUGAAGAAGAUCCGGAAGCAGUUCAAGCUCCUGCUGCUGCUGGUGCUGCUCACCUCAGCCGUGUGGUUCACCUAUCUGCACAUCAACCAGGGCAAGACCAUCAAGCUACACUUCAACUACGGAAAAGAUGGAGAGAGACAGACGGACGGGACGGACGCCAGCCGAAAGAGGGACGCUCGCUCCUCAGCCGGACACCACAAGAGCGAGGACACCAGUGACAGUAGGGAGGACGAGGCGGCAGAUGGUGAGCCAAUCAUCGGAGGGGCUGAGAGCAGAUAUCAAUCCCACAUCCGAAAGUUUCUCGGCCAGAAGCACAAGAAGUUACUAUGGAAACCAGAGUAUAAGGGCCAGGCCAACCUACAUGUGUUUGAGGACUGGUGCGGCUCCUCUAUAGCCCAGCUCAGAAAGAACCUUCACUUCCCUCUCUAUCCUCAUACAAGAACCACAGUGAAGAAGCUAGCAGUGGCUCCAAAGUGGAAGAACUACGGCUUGAGAAUAUUUGGUUUCCUUCACCCUUACAAAGACGGUGAUUUCCAGUUCUCCGUCUCAUCUGAUGAUAACUCGGAGUUCUGGUUGAGCCCUGAUGAGAGUCCUCUCAAUGCCAGGCUGCUAGUUUACGUAGGACAGCUGGGUACAGAGUGGACUGCUCCAGGCGAGUUCACCAAGUUCAGGUCCCAGUCCUCCAAAUCUGUGCACCUGAUGUCAUCCAGACGGUACUAUUUUGAAAUUCUUCACAAGCAGGAUGACAAGGGAUCAGAUCACGUGGAGGUUGGGUGGCGACCGUUCCUCCCAGGUCUGAAAUAUGAGGUGAUCGACUCAGCGUACAUCUCCCUCUACACAGAUGAGUCCAGUCUGAAGAUGAACAGUGUGGAACACAUCCCUCAGACAUUGGCCAGUCACGUCCGUCUCCCAGCGGAGUUUCGGCCACAGGGUCUGGAGGGAGCCACAGUCACACUGCAUGGAGCUGAUAUGCUAAAGCCAGACCCCAGGGACACUUUUUACAGCACCCCAAUGAUUGACCCUGCCCGGCUGCAAAACGUUCUUCCAGCCUGUCUCUACUCUCCAACCUAUGUGGUCAAAGAUUUUCCCAUCGCCAGAUACCAGGGCCUUCAGUUUGUCUAUCUCUCUUUUGUUUAUCCUAAUGACUUCACACGUCUCACCCACAUGGAACGGGAAAACAAAUGUUUCUACAGAGAGUCCCCUAUCUACUUGGAGAAAUUCGGUUUCUACAAAUAUAUGAAGAUGGAUGAGGAAGAAGAUGACAGACCGUUCUUUUUCCCAAACCCAGAUGAUUUUCUCGAGGAAGAGGAGGUGGUGGACACGGAUGACGAGGCAGAGAUCGUUGGCACACAGUCGCCCAGAAAACCCUCUCAUCCAAGUCUGUCCAGCCAUAUGUAUAACAUUUCCAAUCAGCACUCAAAAACCGGGGCCCCACCAGCUGGGCGAGAAGAUGGAAAAGAUGAGGUAGACCCCGAAGAAAAAGAAGAAGAAGAAGAAGAGAAAGAGGGGGGAGAGGUGGACAACAUCGUGCUCUACAGAAAAAGAAAACGAUCUUCAAUCAGAGAUAGGCAGCUGGAAAGGGUUCUGGACAGAGACUGGGGAAGAGAUCAUACCCAUGGAAGUAUUAGACAAGAUACUGGGAAGGGACUUGAGGAUGACCGACCCAUUGCUCUGCUGCCAGAUAUGGACAUGGUGGUCAGGGGUCGCUCUUUGUCCUGGGUCUAUACCGGUCCUUCAGACCAAGACCUGAGCAAGAAAGCCAAAGCCCUAGGCGGGGGAGGAGAUCCUGAGGCGCCCCCUAAAAUCAGCAAGUCUUCGCUCCUUUUCCCUCAAAAGUCCUCCCUCUCUGCGCUCGCCAGCAGAGCAAAGCAGAUCCUCAGCAACUCCGCCCAUAGCAAUCACCCCCGUAAUAACAGCAACAAGCCUGUUGGGAGUAAAAAGGAGAAGAGGGAGGAGAGCAAGAUCUACAUCACCAGGCCUCGCCCUGCAAAGGAGAGAGAAAAAGAAAGGGAACAGCGUCGGGAGAGGAGGGAGGAGAGGGCAUCUCGACAUCCUAGAGAGGUUUUCCCAGGAGUCUUUUUGUACCAAACCGGGAAGACCACAAGACUGGUCAACCUGGGUCAAAGAAGACAUGGUGGGAGAGGUGGGACAGGGGUUAGGCACCUUAUUGGUGCUCCUCAACUUUGGCUCAAUCCUCCCACAAGGGAAAGUAAGGCAUCAACACACAAUAAAAGUCUUAACAUACAGAGUGAAACUGCAGAGAAGCCUGGAAACAAAGCCGCAAUAGCAAAACAGGCAGAGAAAAUCAAGAGGAAGGGGGAAUCCCGAGAUUUAAGGACUACUGUCACAGCUGACCUGCCCGGUAAAAGAGACUUCCAGCUCCCUUUGUCCUACCACCAAGAGUCCGCUCCCACCCCAGCCUCUGAGACAAAGUUAGGUUAUACAGAAAACACAAUCCACAGUCAGUUACGGGUCACCUCUUACCUUAGGACCUCUGAGAUUACAGAGUCGCAGCAUCAUCCGAACCCAGACAUUGAUCAAGAUACAAACCCCUCUAAUCCCGACCCUGAUCCAGAGCAAGAGCUGGAACCAGAGGAGGGAGAAAUGUCGGACUACAGCUACGAGGAGGUCGAGGUCCGGCCUGGUUGGGCAGAGGAGAGCAUCAACUGGCAGAGGACGUUCUCGGUUAAUCCGAUGGACUUUGAGCUACUGCGGUCGGACUGGAAUGACCUGCGCUGCAAUGUGUCUGGCAACCUCCAGCUGGGGGAGAGCGAAGUGGUGGAUGUGCUGGCACAGUACAUGGAGAAACUCAAUGAACGCAAUGGAGGGAUCUACACCCUGUUGAGAAUCAUCAAUGUGGAGAAGCGGCGCGAUUCGGCGAGGGGGAACCGCUACCUGGUAGAGCUGGAGCUAAUGGAGAGAGGCCGCAGCGUGGUGCGGCUUUCGGAGUACAUUUACCUGCUGCUGCAUCGUGGAAGGCAGGGAGAGGAAAGCGUGGAGAACACCGACACGGCUCCAGCCUCCGCGCCGGCGCCGCCUCCCUCCGCGUCCGCAACCAGCUUCACCACCCAGCAGCCGUCCCCUUCCACCAGGUCCUCGGUGCGGCCUGGAGCGACCCCGUGGAGCACCGCUUACGCCAAACCUCUUCUCUGCCAGCCUGUCAUGCUGCAGUGGAGGCGAGAUGUCAUGGUGCACUUUGUGGUGCCAGUGAAAAACCAGGCUCGCUGGGUACAGCAGUUUAUUUCUGACAUGGAAAAUCUUCACCGGCAAACAAAGGACGACAACUUCAGCAUCAUCAUCGUCGACUUUGAGAGUGAGGACAUGGAUGUGGAGCAGGCUCUCAGAGAGAGCAGUGUGCCAAAGUACGAGUAUCUCAGAAGAGAGGGGAACUUUGAGCGCUCGGCGGGACUGCAAAUCGGAGUGGACACCAUUAAGGACAGUCACAGCAUUGUGUUUCUGUGUGACCUGCACAUCCAUUUCCCUCUCAACAUACUGGAAAGCAUCAGGAAGCAUUGUGUGGAGGGGCGUCUCGCGUUUGCCCCCAUCGUCAUGAGGCUGAGCUGUGGUAGCUCACCUUUGGAGCCUGAUGGUUAUUGGGAAGUUAAUGGCUUUGGCCUGUUUGGAAUAUAUAAGUCGGAUUUUGACAAGAUCGGAGGAAUGAACACAGAGGAAUUCAAAGACCGCUGGGGUGGAGAGGACUGGGAACUUCUGGAUCGGGUGCUGCAGAACGGUUUGGAGGUCGAAAGACUACGUUUAAGGAACUUCUUUCACUACUACCACUCCAAAAGAGGCAUGUGGAACGCUCAGAACAAGAAAACUCCAAAGGGAUAGCUCUUUGCUUUGGUCAGAGCAUCCCAAAUCUCAACUGCAGACCCACUGUGUGUUACAGAGAGACCAGUAGGAGCUCACUCACUGCCUGAACUCUGCCCUUCUUCUUUUUUUUUUCUAUUUUUUUUUUUUUUUUUUUGAACAGGCUCCAAACAGACUUGUCUGUUUCCCUACUGGGUUCUGUUGCAAAUUUGUCUGGGUGAGGAAAGCGAGUCGAAAAUGGGAAAUUUGGAGGCGUCGCUCUCUCCGCAGACAGACCCGAGUCGUCACUUCGCCUCACUGACUGAACUACUGUACAGAGAAAAGUUAUUUUUGUCUUCUUUCUCUGUCGUUUUUUUGGUGCAAUUUGUUUUGGUUUUUUUUUCCAGACAGAAUGGAAAGCAGCUGAUUUAUGUUUGUAUGUGCGCGCGCAUGGUGGUCUGUAUGUGUGGGCGUGGGUCAAUAAGUGCGUGCAUGUGGGUGAGAACGUGCUGGUUGUGUGAUCGCGAGUAAAGGAAGCACCUUUUUUUCUAACAAGAUGUAAAACAACCUAAGACCUUUUUCUAACACGCUCUUACGUGAGAGCUGAAUAGAAUGUGCAUCAAAAAUGUUAUCUGUGUAUGAUUCACACGUGGAGGAGCUGUGUUUGGUACGGCAGUAUUUCUAAAUGCAUCAACUACUACCUGCUGGAUGAUGGAGGUGCCGAUCUUCGUCUUACAGCUAUAAACAUAAAACAAAUUGGGUGAAUUUUGUGUUUUUUGUAUAAAAAAAUAUUGUCAGAUACAUCAUCUUUAUAUCUCUUUCUGGAUAUCUUCAUCCUCUGGUACGUUCACACUGUUAUUUUUUUAAUGUCAAGGUUUUUUUUUUUAUUCUUCUUGAAAUUGCUUUUUAAUGUCACAAUAACAAACUGCAUUUUGGUUACAAAUGGCUCUCAGUGAGAACUCCGUUUCAGUUUACUUGGUUUUAUGCUGCUGUGGUUUAAACAGAAGGUUCAUUUAUCCUGACUGUGUGAUUUUGCAGUAACAUGCGCUGGUUCUCUUUGUUUCGUUUGAAUACACUUUAAGUUAUGAUGUUUAACCCCCUACAAACAGUGAUCCCUGUGCCCUCCCAAUUCCUAACACCUUUGUGAACUGGAAAAAGGGUCAGUAAGUGCAGUAAAAAAAAAAAAAAAA